UUUCGGAAGUUCACUUGUCAAUUUGAUCUGCCGGAUUUACCGGCAUGUUUAAAGAAAAUAAUUACAUUUUAUUCAUAUAAUUGAAUUUUUAUUAUUAAAAGAAUUUUGAAGCUUGUAAGCUUAAUACAGUUUUUCUCAUAAGAAUAUAUUGAUUGUUCCUAAUAUUCACUACUACUAAAUUAUCGAUUGGUGUUUCCGAAAGUGACCGUAAAGCAGAAUAAUCUGUUGCUUGUUAAAUUUGAAGAUAUUUCAAUUUCCAAAUGUUCAAUCGAGACAGAGAUCAUAAUAGAGGUCGCAGAGGUGGUGGUGGUAGAGGCAACAAUAGAGGAAAUAAUGAUAAUAUUCGUGGAAGUAGUAUUAGUAGAUUUGGUAUACGUGGUAGAGGUACUACUAACACUCUUAGAGGUAUUAUAAAAAAUAAACAACCUGGAGGAGCCCUUAGAAAAAUCAAUUGGGAUGUAAGAUCUUUAGAACCUUUACGCAAAGAUUUUUACAUAGAACAUCCUACGGUUAGAAGCAGAUCAAAAGAAGAAGUAUGCCAAUUUCGAGAAAAUGCAGAAAUAACUAUAAAAGGUGAUAAUAUACCUAAUCCUAUACAAUAUUUUGAAGAAGGAAAUUUUCCACCUUAUGUUUUGGAAGAAAUACAUAAACAAGGAUAUUCUCAACCUACAGCAAUUCAGGCACAAGGAUGGCCUAUUGCACUUAGUGGCAGAGAUUUAGUUGCCAUUGCUCAAACUGGCUCUGGAAAAACACUAGGAUAUGUUUUACCAGCAAUUGUACAUAUCAUACAUCAACCACGACUUAGUAAUGGAGAUGGUCCAAUUGCUUUAAUCUUAGCUCCUACAAGAGAAUUAGCUCAACAAAUUCAGGAAGUAGCUAAUUGUUUUGGAGAAGCAGCAGGUGUAAGAAAUACUUGCAUCUUUGGUGGUGCACCCAAAGGUCCACAAGCACAUGAUCUAGAACGAGGUGUUGAAAUAUGUAUUGCAACACCAGGUAGACUUAUUGAUUUUUUAGAAAGAGGAACUACAAAUUUACGCAGAUGCACAUAUUUAGUAUUAGAUGAAGCUGAUAGAAUGUUAGAUAUGGGUUUUGAACCUCAAAUAAGAAAAAUAAUUGAACAAAUUCGACCUGAUAGACAAGUUUUAAUGUGGUCAGCUACAUGGCCUAAAGAAGUUCGAGCAUUAGCUGAAGAUUUUUUAUCUGAUUAUAUGCAUCUUAAUAUUGGUUCUCUAACUUUAUCAGCUAAUCAUAAUAUUAUUCAAAUUGUGGAUGUUUGUCAGGAAUUCGAAAAAGAUUUAAAAUUAUAUAGAUUACUUCAAGAAAUAGGAAAUGAAAAAGAAAAUAAAACAAUCAUUUUUGUUGAAACAAAACGAAAAGUAGAUGAUAUUACAAGAAAUAUUAGACGAGAUGGAUGGCAAGCACUGAGUAUUCAUGGUGAUAAAAAUCAACAAGAAAGAGAUCAUGUAUUACAAGAAUUUAAAAGUGGAAGAGCUCCUAUUUUAGUAGCAACAGAUGUAGCUGCUAGAGGUUUAGAUGUGGAUGAUGUUAAAUAUGUGAUAAACUUUGAUUAUCCAUCAUCAUCAGAAGAUUAUAUACAUAGAAUUGGUCGUACCGGGCGAAGAAGACAAACUGGUACCGCCUAUGCAUUCUUCACAAGUCAUAACAUGAAACAUGCAGGAGAUUUAAUAGAAGUAUUAAGAGAAGCAGGGCAAAAUAUAAAUCCACGACUUACUGAAAUGGCAGAAUUAGCUAAAUCAGGAACUUAUGGAAGUAGAAGUGGCAAACGAUUUAUAACUAAUGAUAGAAGUAAUGGUAGACGAGGUAUCAGUGAUACUAGAGGAAGAGGUUCUACAAGAGGAAGAGGUGGUGUAGGUGGUCGUGGAGGAAAUUCUUAUCAAUCUACUUCAAACAAUUAUUCAAAUUCAGAUUACAAUAGCUAUAGCAAUAUGAAGCAAAAUAAUUCAACUAAUCAGAAUACAGGAUAUGGAUAUACACAGAGAACUUAUAGUCAAAGUAAUUUAGCUCAAAAUUAUGGAGGAGGAGAUAAUUAUGGAACUUAUCAAUAUAGAGGAACAACAUAUUAAUAAUACUCUCACUAUUCAUAUAUUUACAUAUUUACAUAGUAAAAUAAAAUUUUACUAUAAAAACUAUUAAAACAUAGUAUAUUUACAGUUAGUUAAAUUUGUGUUAAACUUAAAAUAAUUUAAAAUAAAAAAUAUAUAAAAUAUGAAAUAAAAUUGAAUAUCAUGUAUUUUAUAUAUACAUGAUAAAAAAAUUAGUAUAAUAAUGAUGAAAAAAAAGUUUGUUAAAUAUGUAUAUGUAUUAUUAUAAAAUUUAAAAACUAAAUUUCACUAUACAAAAAAAUAAUAAAAAAUAUUUAAGAUU